AUGAAAACUCUUUCCAUCUCAUCUCUCACAUUCAUUUUUCUUCUAAUCAUCUCAAGCUCUUGGGCAGCUUCUGCCGAUGAUCAUGAAGAUUUUCUAGAAUGCCUGUCUGAGCAAUUCCGGAACUACUCCUCGAUUUCGAACGACAUUUACACCCGUUCCAACUCAUCAUACACUUCUGUCCUCGAAUUCUCCAUCCAAAACCUAAGGUUUGCUUCAGGAUCAACUCCUAAACCGCAAGUGAUCAUAACCCCAGAGCACGAAUCCCAGAUCCCGCCUGUCAUAUACUGUGCUGAAGAAAAUGACAUGGAAAUCAGAACUCGUAGUGGUGGCCAUGACUUAGAGGGACUAUCUUAUGUCUCACGAGUCCCAUUCGUGAUCAUUGAUUUGAUCAAUCUCAGUGAAAUCACAGUGGACGCCGAAGCAAAAACCGCAUGGGUCGAAGCAGGCGCAACCAUCGGUUCUUUAUACUACAAGAUUGCAGAAAAAAGCCCGGUUCUAGGAUUCCCAUCCGCCAUCUGCCCAACCGUUGGUGCCGGUGGGCACUUUAGUGGAGGGGGCUACGGCACGAUGCUGAGAAAAUACGGUCUAGCCGCUGACAACAUCAUCGAUGCAAGAAUAGUCGACGCCAAAGGGAGAAUCCUCGACAGAAAUUCGAUGGGCGAGGAUCUGUUCUGGGCCAUCAGAGGCGGCGGAGGCGCCAGCUUUGGCGUGAUCACUGCCUGGAAGGUACAGCUGGUGGACGUUCCAGAAACCGUCACUGUUUUCUCAGUGUUCAGGACAUCAGAACAGAACGCGACUAAACUCGUCCACCGCUGGCAAAAUGUGGGUCCGAAUCUCGACAAAGAUUUGUUCGUCGCAGUCAUCUUAAGGAGGGUGAAUUCCAGCCAAGAUGGACGGAAUGCCACCAUUGAAGCCAACUUCUGGUCACUUUUCCUUGGUGGAGCUGACAGAUUACUUCCAAUGAUGCAAGAAAGCUUCCCUGAGUUGGGUUUAGUGAGAGAAGACUGCGUUGAAAUGAGCUGGAUCCAAUCUGUCUUAUAUUUCUCAGGAGCCCCCAUAACCCCAGCGCCAAUCGAAUUACUACUUAACCGAACUCAACCAAACCUAGGAAGCCUCAAAGCGAAAUCAGAUUAUGUCCAAAAACCUAUUCCUGAACUAGGGUUACAAGGAAUUGAGCGACUACUAUACGAACCGGAAAUUCCAGCUGCUGUCGUAAUGAUCCCAUAUGGUGGAAGAAUGUCUGAAAUUUCUGAAUCAGAAACUCCAUUUCCUCACAGGGCUGGUAACUUGUUCAAGAUUUAUAGCACGGUGAUUUGGCAGGGAAACGAUGCUCGAGAUUCAGAGAGGUACAUAAGUUGGAGCAGAAGGUACUACAGUUACAUGGCGCCUUAUGUUUCGAGUAAUCCAAGAGAAGUAUACCUCAAUUACAGAGAUCUCGACAUCGGAAUCAAUAACGUUGGAGAAGAGACAAGUUAUGCACAAGCCAGCAUUUGGGGCAUGAAAUAUUUCAAGAAUAAUUUUGAUCGGCUUGUUCGCGUUAAGACUGUGGUUGAUCCAGAUAAUUUCUUUAAGAAUGAACAGAGCAUUCCAACUUUGCAUUCUGAGAAAGAUUAGUGAGAUUAAGGGUUCUUCUAUUUAUUUUAUGUAAUUUCUUACAAAAAAACGCUGCAUGCUAUUGUUUUGAUUUGAAUAAGAGGUGCUUAAAUUUA